UUGAUGGGUGGUGGUAGUACACGCGCUCGGCAGCCGUUGCAUACGCAUCAAUCAUCCUUGAUUUCGCGCUGAGCACUCAUCCCAAUUGCAUGCACGAACUUCCCUUUUUGGUAGACAGGGGGAAGAGAGCCCAACUUCGGCAGCCAGUGCGAGUGCCGACUGAGCUAUCCCAGUCAGUUCGCCCCAGUCAGUCAGUCAGUCAGUCAGCCAGCCAGCCAGGCAGCCAGCUAGCCAGCCAUCCAGUCAGUUCAGCAAGGAUAACGCUCCGAAACGGUCGUCCUUGAUUGCAUCGGGCCUGCUCGAUCAAAGUAGCGGAGCGUGCGCUUCGAUUGCGCUUCACUAGGCAGCACAGUGUGCUUUCCCGGUUUAUGCUGUACGUGUAUGUGUGAGUUCGCAAAGGUGCGGACCCAAGUGCUCCACAGCGUAUUCUAGGCAUGACAUUCACCCACCAACCGACCGGGAUGUGCCGUGAGUGAAAGUGAUGUGCGAGAAAGUGAGGAAUUGAAGCACACAGACACAGUCCGCUUUUGCCGCAAUCACUGCACCAUGUAGCAAAAACAUGCAUCGUCAGCACCACGGCAUCGGAGAAGAACGCUAAAGCAACACUCCCCGCGCGGUUCCGCGCUUCAACCCAACCAAGCUCCGUGACGCCCAACCAAGCUCCACCACGUUUCCAGGCAUGGAAGAGGGGGGGCAGCAACAAUCCCGAAAGAUGGCCCUCAAUGGCCAGAGCCAUCCGCGGUACACGCGCGACCUGAAGAAGACGCAUGCCGACUCCUGGCCCAGCACCACCAAACGGGCGUCCCUGCCGGCCAGCCCCAAGAUCAUCAAAACCACCGAGGACGAUACGAGUGUCGGCGACGUGUUCGAAUACUGCCAGCAGACGUCCGUCACUACCCCGUCGACGGUGGAGAUUGAUUAUGGCGCGAUCAGUCCCCGGUUUGAGCGUAAACGGUUCGAGUUUUGCUAUCCCUCCGUAUCGAAGGAAGACUUCUCCAACAGCAUAUCAAUCGACACGCACGACAUCGAUCGUCAGAAGAAACGAAUUUAUCCCAGCAAGACUCCCGACAACUCGCUAGAGAAUGAAUCCAUUCUGGACGGUUCAAUCGCUAGUUGCAGCUCGCCAGGCCAUAGUUCCUCCACCCGGGCCAAGUCACCAUCACACUCACCGAGACAUUCGCGCCGUCAGCUCAACAGCGAAAUCAUCAACAUAACCUCAAACCCCGGCUAUCAGGUCCUAAGGAAUUCACACUCAACGCUCGAUCGCACCUGCUCCGACAGUGUCGUCUCGCUGACAUGCCGCAAAUCCACCAGCGAUCUCACCCAAACGAGCGAUCUCGGUAUGAUGAGCGGGAUGGGAUCGUCGGGCGGAGGACGGCAGGGCAGGCGCCGAAGCAGCCACAAGGGAGGGCUAGCCUUCCUGGCCAGUCGGAAAGGAUCACGUGACUCGAUCAAGAGUGCCGCCUCGAAUACGUCCGUCUUUUCGAACGAGGAUAUCGGUCCGCUAGCAUUCCAGGCUUCGGCCCGCGGCCGUCAGCGCCGUACGUCCAACUUUCUCGAGCUUCCCGUUCCGGAUCAUGCGCGGCCGCGCGUUUGCUCACUGCCCGAGCGGCCGUACAAUCCACGCCAGAGUGACGAUCUCUACCGGUUGCGUCAUUUUUCGAUCAGCAAGGGCACGGUGGUGAACUGCGGUGACUCAAUCAUAUCGCGCCGAUCGAAAAGUAACACCAGCGUCAACUCCACGGCCAGUCGCGCCAGCGAAAGGUCACCGUUCGAGGGAUCGUGCUGCGGUGGUGGAUAUGCAACCGUCGACUCACUGCCCUCCUCGCACGGCGAGGACGAUGAAAGUGAACCAAUCCCGACGAGGUAUCGCGUCGUCAUGUUGGGCGAUUCGGGCGUCGGCAAAACGGCCCUGGUUUCACAGUUUAUGACCUCCGAGUACAUGCACACGUACGACGCCAGUCUCGAUGAUGAGUUUGGCGAGAAGACCGUUAGCGUGCUGCUGGACGGCGAGGAAUCGGAGAUGAUAUUUAUCGACCACCCGAACGUGGAAAUGAGCGUGGAAAACUCGCUCUCCACGUACGAACCGCACGCCUGCGUCGUCGUCUACUCGAUCGUCGACCGGAACUCGUUCCGGGUGACGGAGGAAAUACUCAACUAUCUGUGGUCCGAGCACUACACCAAGGAGAAGGCGGUCAUCAUAGCGGCGAACAAAUCCGACCUCGCCCGGGCACGAGUCAUAACCACAGCCGAGGGAAAGCAGCUAGCCACCUCGCGCGAAGCAAAGUUUAUUGAAACAUCCAGCGGAAUUCAGCACAACGUCGAUGAGCUGCUGGUGGGCGUCCUCAAACAGAUACGCCUGAAGGAGCAGCGGGAAAAGCGUGCCAGCGCAACGAAUCUGCGCAACUCGCGGACCCAGAUGUCGCUGCACAUUGCGAAGGAAAUUUUGCACAAAAUUUGUCUCACCGACAUUACCAAAUCGAAAAGCUGCGAAAAUCUGCACGUGCUUUAAAAGCGCGUUGGAUGAAACAUUUGCGUUUGGGGUUUGUUGCUGAAUGCCUGCAGAGCAUGAAACCGUAAUUUGUUAUUCAGUGCCAAAAAGACGAGAAGCAGCUAACAAGUGUUUUAUUGGGGGACCUUGCGUGUGUGCAUUCGGGAAUGGAAACGUUCCUCUUUUAACUCGCCUACGAAACCGAGCCGAGCUGCAGGCCUACCGAGCCAACCCGGUCGGUCGACCUUUUGAUGAACAUUUGCCCACCGAGAACGAAGGAAACGAAAGGCGACCAAAUCACGAAGGGAAAGACAAAUCUGUGCGCAAUGAGGGGGAAACCACCCCGCCAUAAACGGUAAACGAUGUUACAUGUGUACGGUGGUGUUUCUCAAGCACAACCAAAUAGAACAGGAAUUUUUUGUGUCUGCUCUCAUAUAAGCGUAUAUAACGUAAGCGUAACGAUACAAACAAACCGUCAACCAUGCGUGCUUGACACAGUGGGAGACGAGCAGACGAAGCCGAACACGAGAUACAGGAACACUUCAGUGCAUACGGUCUGUUCUAGCAUCUCUCGCAGCAAAGACUGGCUAAUAUAGCUCUAUUUACAACACGCACAACUCUAUCUCACUUUCGCCCGCACACACUCACCCAUCUCUCGGAUGUAGUCAUCCGUUCCCAUCGCCACACCAUGCACAAGAGCACUGAUAUAGAAAAUAUACAAUCUGCCGUAGCAAGAAAGCAAAGCAGUUUUAAAGAAGCACGAACACAUCACGAACAAGUAAAUCUAAUGCCGCAUGAGCUGCCUAAUAACGGGAGAGUCUUGAUAAAGGUGAGCACUUGUGUGCCACUCGUUGCAUACAUUUAGGCGUUCGAUGGAGCUUUGCCUAAAAGUAUGCAAUCGGCAUACUGUACAGGGCUCUCUCUGUUACUUCAACGUUUUAGUUCAUCAAGACCGAUCAGGACGAUCUUCGAGCAGACCGUGCGAGAGGGUCUCGACUGUUAUUAAAUCGAAUGCAGGAUAUCUUUACAAACUUACUACUGGGUCAUACCAAUCACAGAAAUCAUAUACAUAUAUACAGAACAAAAAGAAACACGCAUAUAUACAAAGAUAUAGCUAUAUACAAAGAGUAUACACAUGUUAAUAGCCUAUUUAUUGAUAUAUGUGGGUGCGUGUGUGAGUGUGUGCUUGUGCGGAGGGGGCGAAUGUGUUGGCCCCGGUCAGAUGUAGUUAUGUGUUGAAGUUGCCAUGCACACACCGUUUUCUAACGCUUUUGAUGGUGCAAACGCAUAUGCUAUUUGUGUGACUGUUUGUGUCAUUAGUAAAAAACAGUGGAUAAUUAAGUAUUGAUUCUUAUCCUCAUUACACUAAUUGCAAGAACGUUUCAUUGCGCGAGGAGAGAUUAUUCCUAACUGUAUUGAGGUCAGCCCGGCAGCAUUCCAAAGCUCGAGUUCGACUGACGGUGAGGAAAGUGUGCCUCGCCAACUCCAGCUACUAGCUACCGGGCUUUCUGUUUCUCUCCCAUGCCCUGAUCUAUAUCUAAGCCUUCAAAAAAUGUGUCCCCUUCUGUUAUCUCGCCUUCACUCCCAGCACUCUAUUGCAUGGGAAGCGUUAAGACGUGGUCGUAAAAACAAACUGGUGCAAGUUCUCUGCCUUCCGCGCACCUUCCCAUUCUGGCCGUGUGCCGUAAUGCGUUCCGGGAAAGAGAGCAACGUCGUAAAAUGAGAAAAAAGCGGUUACUGCCAGACAAAAUUAGAUGCUUUCUGUGGUGCAGUGUGGUAAGCCGGUUUGCAUUCGCGCAUCCAGGGUUAUAAAAUGCAGAUGCAGAAGCUUUUGGAUGGUUCUCCUAUCACACACCGCUCGCACCUUGCGCCCGCUCCUUCACCUAUAGAUCAACAAAUCAAAGAACCCUCUUUGUGUGCGUUUAUAACGGAAAGGAACAUUAUUCCAGUAAUACUCAAGCUUUAACGUAUAUCACAGAACGAUGCGGAGUAGAAACAAAAAAGUAUUUAAGAAACACAUAUUGAAAAUUUAAAAACAAUUAACAAUAACUGUUUCGAUAUGAUUUCUGUUCCAUCCUAACUAAACCCUUUGCACAUAAUCCAUCUACAACAGAAUGUUCGGCAAAUGGUGAGAGCUUUAAAUGUUUGCAAACACACAUAAAUCACCCUGCCCUACCCUUACCACCCAUCAUUGAAUCAAUUAAAAGUAAAAAAAAAAAACAUUAUUUUUGCACACAAAGCCAUUGCGCUCGAUACUACUCCGUAACACCCCUUUGAUGUCUCUUGUUAGGUGUUGAACAAAAUCGUUUUUCUUAACCAAAACAAAAACGAUACGUAAGAUCCGUAAAUACAACCAAAUUAAACAUUAUCAAAAUUUUAUCUAAUCAAAUGGGGGAUCAAUGAAGAACAAUAUCAAAAGCAAAGAAAAACAAACGAACUAAAACCAAACUUCGGAAAGGAUUAAAUAAAAACCAAAACUAAAGCUCGAACUAAACAAAAAACAAUGCACUGCGGCCUAAAGGAAAGGCAACCAAUCAAUGCGUAAAUCGAAUGGUUGUCGGAGGAAUACUAUUAACUAUUGAAAAAAAAAAAACUACAUAUAAUAAAAAUCAUUGGAAUGAGGGAUGCAAUCUUUUGAAACGAAAACGAUAAUCGUUCUACUUACGUUGACUGAACUAGUGUCUGGACACCGCAUCUGUCGUUGAAAAGAGAGAAAGAGAGAUAGGAAAGAAACUAUGAAAGUAUUGUAAAACUUAGCAAUGAAAUGCAAUGUCAGUUUCCAAAGACCUAAAACACAGAAGAGAAAAGUAUAAUAAUGUUAAAAAACUUCUGAGAGAAUAAAACGAAAAGAUUGUUUCCGGUAGAUUGUUUGUAUAAAAUACUGCAAAAAUCUGUCAAUUAUUAUCGCUCGGCCGGACACUCUUCUUAGUGUUACGUCUCGUUCGAAACGAGAGAAAGAGAGAGAGAGAGAGAGAGAGAGAGAGAGAGAGAGAGAGAAAGAGAGAGA